AUGCUUUUUAUUCGCAACCUCAUUCGAAGAGUUAAUCGUUACAAAGACGAUCAUGAAGCCGUUUUCUUUUUCACCAAAACUUGUGAGUACAUCAACAAAUGGGGAUAUCCAGUUGGCUUAUCGAUUCUUGAAGAAAAUUUUACGCCUGUGAAUCCGAGACUUAUAUUUCUCGUCAUCUUCAAUACAGCUUUUGUCUUUUUCAACAUCUACUCCGUUUAUGUACGGCGCAGCUUAGAUAUUGUGGAAAUUUCUAUGAGUUGCGUUCCUUUUGGAUUGGCGUUGCAAGGUCUUGUGAAACAAGCAACUUUUUACAUGAACUACAAAGAAUUGAAAGACAUGGUGAAUUCUGGCGCUGAAUUUUAUCAUCUUGUGUUAUAUGAGAAAAUGAAGAAAGCUGCUCGAGAUUUUAUAUUUUUUGCAAACAUGAUCAUCAUGCAUUUCGUUCGUUAUGCGUACAUUAUUGCUGUGGCUUUGACGUUUUUCAUUCCGAUUAUCUACAGUUGUCUUUUUGGAGAAACACGAACUUUGCCAUUCGAAGUUGAGAUUCCCUUCACUGAUAUUCAAAACAAUUGGGGGCAUUAUUGGUUGAAUUUUUGGUAUCAAGCAAUGAGUUGCAUUUAUGUAACGAUUGGAUUGGUAGCCUGCGAUGGAACUUACAUAGUUUUGCUAACAAAUGCCUUUACUCAACUUGAAAAUAUAUACUUUGAAUUGGAAAAUUUGGAUAUCUUAACGCAACAUCGGAAUGUCGAAAAACAAUCAAAAGCCAUUUCGGAAAAACUCAACCAUAUUAUUGGAUUACAUCAAGAGUACUUGAAGUUUAUUUCAAGUGUCAAUAAGAUGUUUUUGUGGCUAUUUACUGUCAAUAUCGUUAGCAUGGUUUUUCAAAUUGUCAUUUCACUUUUCAUUACUGUGUCAGCUAACACGAAAAUUUCCGCGCCAAUUUUUACAUUACUUGGAACAAGUCAAUUGUUAUUAUGCUGUCUUGUAGGAACUUUAUUGGAGAACAAGCAUGAUAAAUUGGUCUUAUGCACUUAUGAUAUCUGUUGGUACAAUAUGAGAAUUCAGGAACAGAAGAAGCUUCUUCUUUUGUUGCAUGCAACUCAGCGAAAAGUUGUCAUCGAAUAUCGUUUUGGUGCAAUGAAUAUUCCGCUUUUUGUUGAGAUUUACAAGAAGAUCUAUUCAGGAUUGACUAUGUUGAUGCAAAAGAGAAAUAUUGAUGGAAAUUAA